AUGGGAGGCAUAAAACGUAAAAUAAAAAUCGAGAAAAUCGAAAAGAAAAAUGCAAUAUCGGUUGCUUUCACAAAACGUCGUAACGGUCUCUUCCGCAAAGCUUCUGAGCUCUGUCUUCUCUCUCCAGCAACUCAAAUCGCAAUCUUAGCGACUCCUCCUUCUUCCAACUCUCACGCUUCUUUCUACUCCUUUGGACAUUCCUCUGUUGAUCACGUUGUCACUUCUCUGCUUUACGAGCAGUCUCCUCUUCCGACAAACCAAGAGAACAAGCAAGGGUCAGGAUUAGGGUUUUGGUGGGAAGACGAAGCCUUUGACAGAUCAGAGAACUUAGAAGAGCUGAAAGAUGCUACCGAUGCGGUUUCAAGGAUGUUGAACAAUGUUAGGCUUCGUUUAGAUACCAUGAAGAGUAAUAAUCAAAGAGAUGGAGGUUUAGUGAUUCACCAGGAGGAGGUUCCUCAGCUUCUUAACACGAAGACGAACAACAACGAAGAGACGACGAAUCAAAUUACUGAAUUUGAAGGAACUUCUGGUUCUGAAAGUUUGGUAAAGAAUGAUGAUGAUAUUCUGCGUCUUGAUGAUUUUUUUACUGAUCUCAAGAUUGAUCCAUUAUUUUGA